AUGCCUGCGCGCACCCGUCAUGGCCCCUCCGCCGCGACGGAGGUCGCAGAGCCCGAGGAGAUCGCCGGUGGUCUCCGUCGUCUUCACUUCAAUGAACCGCUAUCGUGGCGUGUCGGUCGAGGCGCCAUCCCCAUCGCAGACCUGCUCCACCGCCUGCAGACCCUCGCGCAGGAGCUUCGCAAGCUGGAACAAGAGGAGGUAGAGAAGGAUUCGCUCAAGAAGGUAUCGCAGGAGCUGGCCACCGCUCAGCUUCUUGGCCACAAGGAUAAGGGUGUACGAGCUUGGGCGACGUGUUGCAUUGUCGACGUGCUGCGGCUCUGUGCGCCUGACGCGCCGUUUACCGCUAAUCAGCUCAAGGAUGUGUUUACCUGCAUUGUCACCUCGAUUAUACCCGCUCUCGGGGAUCCCGCGAACCCCUAUAACUCUCAACACAUCUACGUGCUCAACUCCCUCGCGGAGGUGAAAAGUGUUGUCCUCAUGACUGAUUUGGACCACCCCGAUUCUUUGAUUGUUCCGCUCUUUAUCAGCUGCUUCGACAUCGUCUCCGGCUCCUCGAAAGCGUCGACCGGCGAGGAAAUCGCGAAGAACGUCGAGUUCGACAUGACUAGAUUGCUUGUCACCGUUAUUGACGAAUCGCCGGUACUCGCUCCCGAGGUGGUCGACGUGAUCGUCGCGCAAUUCUUACGGGUUGACCCCCGUGUCUUGGAGCUUCCCGCUGGCAGGAAAGGAAAGAAAGCCGAUGCGCCGGUCGAUGCCAAGCAAGGCACGUUACUUCUGAAAGAUUACCCUCCGGCCUACAACAUGUCGAAAGCGAUCUGUCAAGCGUGUCCGGAACGGAUGACCAGCCAUAUCAGUCAGUAUUUCAACAAUGUCAUUAUCGACGUCUCCGCAUCGAAGAACGGCGCAUCGAAGAAUUCGAAUCGCCGGGUUACCCUUGACGAAGAAGAAGAGGAAGAAGAAGACAUCAAGGAGUUGAACAAAGCCCAUCGUCUGAUUCGUGAGCUGUGGAAAGCCUGCCCGGAGGUAUUGCAGAACGUGGUCCCUCAGCUCGAGGCCGAGCUCUCCGCCGAGUCCGUUUCCUUGCGUCUCCUGGCAACCCAGACUAUUGGCGAUCUGACUGCGGGAAUUGGCGUUUCCGGGCCACCUCCGGCACCUCCGAUGGAUCCCACCGUCUAUCCUCCGGUCACACUGGAGGAAUACCCCCAAACAAUUCCUCAGACGAACGUCGUUCUAACGCCAUUCUCUCCCAAACCUUUCUCUCAGGCACAUGGAUCUACUUACGAGGGCUUUUUGAGUCGGCGUCUGGAUCGAUCUGCCUCGGUCAGAGCUGCGUGGGCAACCGUCGUGGGCCGGAUCCUACUGACGUCAGCCGGUGGCUCUGGACUGAGUGAUAGCGAGGAGCAAACGCUCAUCAAACACCUAGCAUCGAUGUUGCGAGAUGCCGACGAGAGGGUUCGCGUGGCGGCAGUCGACGCGGUGAGCAAUUUCGGUCUGUCUCAUGUCGUGCUGAAGCUUGGUGCGGACGGUGGAUUUUCAUCCUCGGACUCGAUACUUUACAUCCUAGCAGAGCGUGUCAAGGAUCGGAAGCCGCAUGUGCGAGAGCGCGCAAUGCGGACCCUGGCCCGGAUGUGGGCUGUUGCCGCCGGUGAACUUGAACAUGAUAACGAGCAAGUCGUUUCUCUUCUCGGAGACGGUCCGUCCAAGAUCCUGGACGCCUAUUACACGAAUGACCCCGACAUCCACGUGUUGAUCGAUCGUGUUCUCUUCGAGAUCCUCCUCCCGCUCAACUAUCCUCCGAUUAAGCCCAAGCUGACUCGGGGUGGGUCGAGCCAAUCGCAAAAGCAAAAGGACUCUCAGACCACGGAAGGCGAGGGUGAAAUCGACGUGGACAAGGUCCGCGUUCGUCGCAUUCUCACCCUGACAAGGGGGUUAGAUGACAAAGCGAAGAAGGUAUUCUUCGCUAUGCAGGCCCGACAAAUCCAGAUGAGGACCGCGAUCACGCUUUACCUUCAGGCCUGUGAGGAUUAUAAUGGUGGCAUCAUGGAGAAAGACGAGCAGCGGAUCAAAACCCAGAUCACCCGCGUCAUUGACGGUCUGUCAAAGAUCUUCCCUGACUCCUCGCGCGCGUCUGCCGACCUGUGGAAAUUUGCCAAGGCGCACGACCGACGAAGCUACCAGCUCAUUCGCUUUGCUAUGGCCGCGGUCAGUGAUUAUCGCACCGUCGUCAAGGCUAUCAGAGAGCUUGUGAAGAGAAUGCAGAACGCCAACAACACCCCUGUCCUCGAAACUCUGACCCCCCUCCUUUACCGAUGCAGCUCGCUUGUGUACAAUCGGAGUCACAUUCCGGCGAUCAUCAGCCUUUCGAGGACAAACGAGAACGGCCUGGCCGGCCCUGCACAUGAGCUGUUGCGGGAAAUCUCCUCUCGCAACCCCGAGGUGCUCGAAGCCCAGGUCCAGGAGAUGUGCAAAGAUAUUGAAACACAGGCACCGAAGGCCACAACUACCAAUGACACCGGUACCGAGGAGAUCCUCAAAGCUUGCGCGGGAUUCGCAAAGAAACUGGGAUCUAAGCUCCCCAAGGAGCGCAAAUUCUUUCUGUCCCUCGUCGACCACGCCCUCCACAGCCCAUCUCCCCAAGCUGCCAAGCAUGCCGUUUCGAUCCUUAUGGCCACCGCGGACAAGAAAGAGAUGUAUGCAAAGGACCUUAUCCAGAAGUGCGUUGCUAAAUGGACUUUUGGGUCGGAUAAGUUCCUCACCAAGCUGGCCACUAUGGCUCAGCUGAGCCUUCUCGCUCCCAACGAAGCAGACUGCGAGAGCGACUCCAUCAUUUCGAUCGCCGUGAACCAGAUUCUACUCACGAAUCGGACCCCCCAGCCAGAUUCAGGCUACGCUUGGUCGGAUACGGUAGAUGAUGAGACUGCCGCCAAGGAAUGGGCUCUCAAGAUCAUUGUCAACCGUCUACGUGCCAAGGGAGGCUCUGAUGGCGAAGAUGACUUCCGCGCCCAUGCGGAACCGGUCUACGAUACCCUUAAUAAGCUUGUGGCUAAUCAGGGUGAGCUGUCGAAGAAGAAGGAUACCCCGGGGACGCAAAAAUCUCGGUUACGCCUCCAAGCUGCCAAGUCGAUCCUCAAACUCUGUGCAUCUCACAGUCUCUGUGACCGAAUCUUUGCGCCCCGCGACUUCAAUGCCAUUGCGCUGGUCGCUCAAGACCCGGUCGCGGCUGUACGAGUUGGGUUCAUCAAUCAACUCAAGAAACAGCUGGUGCAGACUACCCACUUGAGCCACCGCUGGUAUACGAUCCCCUUCCUGCUGGCGUUCGAGCCGAACCCUAGCCUGAAGGACAGCACUCUCACUUGGCUGCGGUCUCGAGCUGCGUUCUUUUCUCAACAGGGCAGCGGUAAGAAGACCGAGCAGACCGCCAUGGAGGCUAUAUUCUCCCGCCUGCUAUCGCUUCUUGCUUACCACCCUGACUAUCCGCCCGCGGAUCUAGACGAUGCCACUCAGUUGGCUGAUCUGACCGACUUCGCCCGCUACAUCCUCUUCUAUCUCUCUGCGGUGGCCAACGAGCAGAACCUGUCGCUGAUCUUCCACAUCGCACAGCGCGUCAAGCAAGCACGUGAUGGUAUAACUAAAUCGGAUGAAAUGACCGUCCGACUUCAUACACUUUCAGAUCUGGCACAAGCGACUAUCCGGCGAUUCGCCGAUAUCUACUCGCAACAGCGCAAGUUUGGUGGGGGAGCUGCAGGCGGCACGAACAUUCUACAAACAUAUCCCGGGAAGAUGGGGAUCCCAAGUUCCAUCUUCGCUGCGAUGGGUAGCCACAAGGAAGCGCAAGAAGUGGCCGACAAGAACUUCCUUCCCGACGACGCGGAUGACCUACUCGACCGCCUCGUGAGAUCCGUGAUGCGGAUGAAAGGCGGGUCCCACGGCCAGGCAGCAGCGAAGAAGAGAAAGACGGAUUCGAAUGAACCAGGUGGCGAUACUGGCUCCGCAAAGAAAGCCAAAAAGGACAAGGCUCCCCGUGCUCGGAAACCAUCCGCAGCCGCAGCCUCCAAGACACCAAAGAAAAAGAAGAAGAACGAGGAUGACUGGUCCUCCGACGGCGAAGGUCGGAGUGGCGGUGCAACCGCCUCUGCCCGAAGACGCAGUAGCAGAGGCAACGCCUCGCGGAGAAUCAGCUACGCAGACCGGGACAGCGACGAAGAUGACGUGGAAAUGGACGAAUGGGAACAAGACCAAGAACAGGCCGACGAACCCGAAGAGGAUGAGGCCGACGAAAAGAGUGAAGCAAAAGAAGACAAAAACAACGUCAUGGAUGAAUCUUCAGACUCGGACGCUCUGUCGGAACCCCCAGACGAUGAAGACGAGUUCGAUAUUGAACCUGAAGAAACAGAAGCCAAGGAGCCCUCACCAUCGCCAGCACCGACGCCAGCGCCAGCAUCUGCCAAAAAGGCUGCUGGCGGAAAACGUAAUGCGAAACCGACGACAACGUCGCUACCCACGCGACGAUCCUCACGACGAGGAUAA